GUUAGUUCAAAUGUUGUGUAAUAUCGAUUGUGGGAACUCAGCUGGAUAUCUUCGGAGAGAUGAAGAUUACAUGGCUGACAGGCUACGCAAAUUGUUGAAGGGAAAUAGGUAUCUCAUAGUUUUGGAUGAUGUUUGGGACAUUCGGGGGUGGGAUUUAUUGAAACUCUCACUGCCAGAUGAUUGCAAUGGAAGCAGGAUUCUCUUAACCAGUAGAUUGCAGGAAUUGUCAUUGCAAAUUAAACUUGAUAGUGAGCCUCACCAUCUUCGCCCACUUACAGAUAAUGAAAGCUGCGAAUUGCUGCAGAAAAAGCUAUUUGCCAAAGAAGAUUGUCCUCCAAUAUUAAGUAAUGUUUUACUGCAUGCAGCAAAAAACUGUAAAGGCCUACCUCUCACAGUUGUCCUUGUUGCCGGAAUUCUUGCUACUACUGAGCAAGAUUGCUGGGAAGAAGUUGUAAAACAUUUAACUUCCAGCAUUUAUGUUGACAAUGAAUAUUGCAUGAAGACAAUUGAAUUAAGUUACAAUAAUUUACCAGAUUAUUUGAAACCAUGCCUUCUUUACUUCGGUGCAUUUCAAGAAGACCAAGAAAUUCCUAUCCGAAGGUUGUUAUGGAUUUGGAUCUCUGAAGGAUUCGUGCAAAAGACUGAAGGAAAGAGCUUAGAGGAUGUGGCAGAUGACUAUUUGAUGGAUCUGGUUAGGAGAAGUUUAGUUAUGGCUACCCAACAAAAAUCUUCAGGUGGGAUCAAAGCUUGCCGAAUCCAUGAUUUGGUACAUGAGUUUUGCGUGGCGAAAGCUAAAGAAGAAAGUUUUCUACAGAUUUUACAUGUGGAUAACCUUUUAACUUUUACUGGACCAUGUAACCUCCAUCGAUUGUCUAUUCACCCCACCAUGACUAUGGGGCUUACAAAAUCAAGACUAUUUUCUCCCAAUUUGCGUUGUUUGCUCUUCUGUGGUGAUAGUCAUACACAGCUGGAUAAGAAUUCAUUCAAAUUUCUGCUGUCUAAACUUCUUAGAGUGCUGGAUUUCUGGAACAAUUCUUAUCCGACUUCAUAUUUUCCAAGGGAAGUAGUAUUCCUUGUUCACUUGAGGUACUUGAGAAUUGGAAGGUUUGCUGGGGAUAUCCCAUCUGCAAUAGCCAACCUCUCAAGGUUAGAAACUUUUGUAGUAGAAGCACGCGUUGAAGAUUAUGUGUUGCCAAACACUAUCUGGAACAUUGAAACAUUGAGGCAUCUUGUCACAUCAUUGCCCGCCUGUGGUUUCAUAUUUCCCAUGGACAAUCUUGAAGGCUCCCCUGAUUUAAAACAUUUAGACACUUUAAGUCUUGCAAUCGAUCCCUAUUCUCAAAGUGCACAAAAGAUACUGUCAAAGUUACAGAGCACCCGCAGGCUAACAAUAGCGACAUACGAAAGUUACCGAGCAAUCGAAUCUGGUGGAAAUCACGGGGAGAUUCUCAUGCUGAACUACAUGAGUCGACUAGAAUCACUUAAGAUAAGCGGGAUGAGUAGAGAUGAGUUUGAAUUCUCAUUGAAUUUGAAUUUGAAAAAGUUGACUCUCUCCUAUAAUUAUUGGCCGUGGAGUAAAAUUUCUGCAAUUGGAAGAAAGCUGCCCAACCUUGUAGUGCUUAAAUUAUGCCAUCGUUCCGUUCGGGAGGAAGAAUGGGAAAUGGCAGAAGGGGAUUUCUGUAACCUCCGAUUUUUGAAACUGUCAGGGUUGUACAUUCGCAGGUGGACUGCCUCUUCUGAUAAUUUUUCCUGUCUUGAGAAAUUGGUUUUGGAGUUUUGUGAGGAGCUGGAAGAGGUCCCUCCUUGUUUAGGGGAAAGCGUCACUCUUAACAUGAUUGAGUUGAAAAGGUGUAGUGAGUCUGCUGUAAAUUCUGUGGAGCAAAUUCUGCAAGAACAGAGAGAAUGGGGAAACAAGGACUUAAAGAGCGUCAUUAUUAGAUCUACUCAGAAAGGGAGUCAAAGCAGAGAAGAAUUCCACUCAUGAGAUUGGUAUGAUCCUUCAAACCAACUGAGCACAAGCAUAAAUGUCAGGAGCGAUUCUGUUGCAUUUUUGAAAGAAUAAGCAGUAUCAACACUUCAAAUUUUUCGAGGUCCAAUAUUUGUUGGUUGCUGAUCAAAGUGGGAAGAGAAGAUCUUUCAAGAAGGGAAAAAAGUACGGUGAAAUAGAUGGAAGAGAAAAAUAUCCUAACUUCUGGCUCAUAGAUCAACUGCCAGCUAGAGAAAAAUGGAAAUGAGCAAAAAGCAGGAAUACUACCAACUGGAUGAAUAUGUUGAGGAAGUAUUCAUUAAUAUAUACUUGUUGGAAUGGGACGGGUGAGCUCAGAAAAGUGGUCUCUACCUCUCAGCAAAUGGCUAUGACAAAUGAUGC